CAGUACAAUGGUCCGAACCGGCCUCAAAACGCAGCACCAAUAGUCAAACUCAACACAGGGAGAACGCGAGGACCUAUAAAUAGUGAACACUUGUGCCUUGUCUUUGUUAGUUUGGAAUUGGAACUGCCUAAGCCGAACCACACACGCCCCCAAAUCUAGCAACUAGCCACUUUGUUUGUAACAUCGUCUGCACAGUACCCCAGAAGAUCGAACAAGGAUCUCCGCAGAGACAAACCCUUGUUCUCCAGCGUGUUUCAGACUCACCCACUUUCGGACCAUACCCAGGGUUUUGGGUUUUCCUUUUUAAUUAGUUUCAGUGAGGUUAACGAGGCUGAGAAGAUGCAGCAGACACCGCCAAUGAUUCCUAUGAUGCCUUCAUUCCCACCUACAAACAUAACCACCGAGCAGAUUCAAAAAUACCUUGAUGAGAACAAGAAGCUGAUUCUGGCAAUAUUGGACAAUCAAAACCUUGGAAAACUAGCAGAAUGUGCCCAGUACCAAGCUCAGCUUCAAAAGAAUUUGAUGUAUUUAGCUGCAAUUGCUGAUGCCCAGCCACAAACACCAGCCAUGCCUCCACAGAUGGCACCACACCCUGCUAUGCAAGCUGGAUUCUAUAUGCAACAUCCUCAGGCUGCAGCAAUGGCUCAGCAGCAAGGAAUGUUUCCCCAGAAAAUGCCAUUGCAAUUUGGUAAUCCACAUCAAAUGCAGGAUCAACAGCAGCAGCUACACCAGCAGGCCAUGCAAGGUCAAAUGGGACUGAGACCUGGAGGGAUAAAUAAUGGCAUGCAUCCAAUGCACGGUGAGGCUGCUCUUGGAGGUGGCAACAGUGGUGGUCCACCUUCAGGUGCUGGUGCAAACGAUGCACGCGGUGGAGGCAAGCAAGAUGCUUCUGAGGCUGGGCCAGCUGGUGGAGAUGGCCAAGGCAGCUCUGCGGCUGCAGAUGGUGAAUCCUCUUAUCUGAAGGGAUCAGAAGAUGCAAAGUGACAUAAAUUUAUGUGCUUUUUUUUAAUGAGAUACAUAUGACUGUUGAUAGUAGGUUUUUCUUAAAGGUAGGAUGACCUUUGAUUGGUCGACCAAAGGACAGAAGGGCUUCUCUUGUUUGAUAGAUUAGGUAGUUGUGUUGUUAGAAUUUUGGCACAUAGCAACUUUGCAUCAACUGAAACUGCUGGUGCCACAACAUACUGUACUGUUACUGGAAGAUGUCAAAGCACGUGGUAGUUAUGAUUAACGAAAUUGCUUGCUUGCUGGUUUUUAA